AUGCUCUCGAAGAUACAUACUGGAGUAUUAUCUAGACCUUUAAUUACAAAUAUUCAGUACCAACUGAGACUGUCGGUCCCGUCAUCGCCUCUCUUGCGACAGCGAGCCUAUCGCACUCGAACAUUCUCUGCACAAACGAUUCUUCGAUCCCAAGAGACGCAAUCGAAAGCAGACUCUACGCACAAAUUCAUAUACCAUGCGGCCGCUUCGUUUUCUGCCAAAUAUAAAAGGUUCAACCCGACAAACGACGUCUUCCAUUUCAAUCCCUAUAAUCGCAUCCAGACGCAGAAAAAGCGUCACAAAUCGAAGCGCCCGGCUAGUGGACAAGAUGCUUUCUUUAUAAGUCGUGUGGGCGACACAAAUGCCGUUGCCUUCGGCAUUGCAGACGGUGUUGGAGGCUGGGAAGAUAGUGGCGUUGACCCAGCCGACUUCUCACACAGCUUCUGCGAUUAUAUGGCCUCAGAAGCGUAUGAGCAUAGGUCAGAUGCAACUGGUUCGUCCUUGACGGCCAGAUCUCUAAUGCAAAAAGGAUAUGAUGACGUAUGUCAAGAUGGAUCCAUUCAUGCUGGGGGUAGCACAGCAUCGAUUGGUAUCGCGAGUGAAGAUGGCAAGCUAGAAGUUGCUAACCUAGGUGACUCGGGAUUUGUGCAUUUGCGUCUGAAUGCUGUACAUAGCUAUUCGGAGCCGCAGACGCAUGCCUUUAACACACCAUAUCAGUUAUCCAUCGUGCCGGCAAGCAUGCUGGCGCGCGCCGCCGCAUUCGGUGGAGCACAAUUGUGCGACUAUCCCAAAGAUGCAGAUGUCACACAGCACACGCUGAAACAUGGCGAUAUACUCGUCUUCGCGAGCGACGGAGUCUGGGACAACCUAUUUAACCAAGACAUACUUCGCAUAGUUAGCCGGUUGAUGAUUGGACUAGGCGCCUGGCAAGAAAGUGACGGUGGUAUACUUGUCUCUAACAACUUGCUGCCCUAUACCCAGGCAGAAGACUCGACGCAGCGGCCGUUGACACUCCAGAGCGCACUAGCAGUAGAAAUUGCAGGGGCUGCUAAACUGGCGAGCAUGAACCAGCGGGUUGACGGGCCAUUUGCUAAAGAGGUUCAAAAAUAUUAUCCUCAAGAGAAUUGGCACGGCGGCAAAGUCGAUGACAUCUGUGUUAUCGUCGUAGUGGUCUCUGAGGAUGGAAAAUCAGAAGCAAUCAAGAGCAAGUUAUGA